CGUAAUUUCAUUGUCAUGAUCCAAAGUCCAACUGUUGCAACAACUUGCACCAACUUCAACUACGGAAAGGUCCGGAAAGGAUUUAUCGGGAAAAGGACUUAAAAUUAUGGGCUCAGCACUUAUGAAGGAUGACUCAUUUGCACCUGUACAGAGACUGAUCCACUGAGGCCAAAGGAUGGUAAAGAGUGUCAUGGUAGCUUAUGCCCUGUGGGCAGCAGGUGGGCCUUUGGGCCUUCACCAUUUAUAUUUAGGAAGAGACAGCCAUGCUCUGUUAUGGAUGCUAACCCUGGGAGGAUUUGGGUUUGGCUGGGUCAGAGAGGUCAUACGUAUUCCUGCAUAUGUUGGUCAGGCCAAUCAAAAUGUAGAGAAAGAGAAAAAAACACCUCCCACCAUGGUUCCACCUGUAAGCCCUGUCAGAUUUGCUGGACAGGUGUGUGUUGGAAUCUACUUUGGAAUAGUGGCUCUGAUUGGACUAAACUCCCUCGGUUUCUUCUACUUGAUCGUCCUGCCUUUGUGUGUGGGUGCAGGGGUACACCUGGUGUCCUGUAUUGGCCAGCAGACGUCUGAUCUCCAAAAAACCUUGACUACUUGUCUCAUAACCUCCCCAAUAUUUUAUGGUAGUGCCUUAUCACCUCUUCCUAUAAGCCUGGCUGCCAGUGUCACUGCUGCACAGUACCGCAGGGUCAAACCUCCACAGACACCGGGGAGCACACAGAAACUAGGUCCACGGCUUUACAGGCUCGGUCUAGCCUGGCUGGCCUUCUCUGCUCCACUGGGUUACUCUAUUUUCCAUAACACCACAGCCACACUGUACUACCUGUCUGACUGUGUAGCAGCGCUUCUGGAUAUGUUCUGGUUUCUGCCUUGGCUCAGAAACGUCUUUGAGUACAUUCUUUUAAUUCCAUAUCGACUCUUGUGUGUUCUUACUGGAGGGGGGUACUAUGAAGACGCUUGGAGGAAGGUGCUGGAGAUACUGCUCAAAGAGUACACGGAGAGAGAGAAAGAGGCACUGCAGGUACUGUCAUUGGAAGUAGACGCAUCUCUAGAAGACAUAACUCGCAGCUACAGGGAGCUGGCCAAGACGUGGCAUCCAGACCACAACCCCAGCAAGGAUGCUGAGGCCAUGUUUAUGAAGAUCCAUGAGGCUUAUCAGGUCCUCCUGCGACGGCACAAACCUCAUCGAUUCACAUAGUUGUCAUAGUUGUUUAUGGAAAAUAAAUCAAUAGCAUGCACACCGACCCGCACAGCAUUUCACAGCUGUCUGAUUGGUUGCUUUGCAGAGCUGGUCUCAAACGGCAGUUUUCUGCCACCUUGUGGUGCCAAACAUGUAACACAGCCAUAAACUAUUUCAACACAA